GCUAGGAUGGUCCGUGCAAAAGGCAGAGGUGGCUCAGCUGAGAAGUGUCAUGACCAAACAGAAGUCAAAACUCUCAAAACUCUCAAUUAAUCUUGCUAGCAUAAUGAACAUGCAUAAUGACUGAAGUGGGAAGUGGCCUAGGGUCGUCCACAGUGGCGGCAAAUGGUUGGCGUCAGUGUCUGUACUGUCAGGGACGCAUCUUCAAAGUCCCUAAUGAUUUCCUCAAACAUAUCCGUGAAUGUCACUGCACAAAGGAAGGUGGAAGCUUUGUUUGUCGUUAUGGCUACAAUGGUGUGUGCUCAUCAUUACCUUUAGAGGGAGUGAGUGACAAAGACUAUGAGGAUCACGUGCUUAAACACCAUGCGUUCACUAUGUUUAGUAAAGGGAGCUCUGGAGUGAUCUCAAAAGCUCAGACGCAAGGAAGAGAAGAGAAAUGGGGUGUCUUUUCUUCGACCCAAAAUGUAGCUGCUGUUCUGAACGACCCCCGUAGGGGAAUGAAGAGAGAUUUCUUCACUAGAACUUGGGGAGAGAGUUUUGUGGAAAUAAAAGAGAUACCUCCUCAUGUCGCGCUUCCACAAGUUACAGCCAAACAUGUAGAAUCUUAUGUAAGAAGGCUUAGACGGAGACAGAAGUUGCUGUCAAGACUGGCAUCAGUUCAGGCCAGUAAGGCACAAGAUGAAUCUGAACAUUCAUUCUUAACACCAAGCUCUAGAGACCAGCUGCCACAGGAAGGUAUUCCUAACAUCUUCCUCUCCAGUACAUUUAAUUUGGAGGAUCCAGAGACGUUUUUCUCUGUUUUUACGCAUGUAUCUUCCUCUGGUGUUAGUGUUAAGAAUGCAAAGAUUUUACAAGAAAAGCUCUUUCAUUAUUUAGAAACUGUUGAAAUGGACAUGAGCAGGCAGAUAGCAAGAAAAUCAUCAGCCUUUUUUGACACUAUGACAUAUCUUAAUGCCCAAAUGGAACAGCUGAAACUUAACCAUGCAGCUGUGUCUGCUCUCAGGGAUGGAAUCUCCGUGUUGCGUCAAGAGGCUGUGCUGGAACCUGUCAAGAUUUUGGCUCUUCCCAGAAGAAGAAACAACAUAUCAGAAACCUGUAAAAAG